UUCAUAUACAAUAAUGGCAGCGUAAAGAUCGACAGAUAAUCAUAGCCCUUUGCAUUAAUUUACCACAUAACUUUACUUCAAGGGAAAUAAAUAUCGUUCAGGCAACGUCAGUCGGGACGGAUAGUUGGGGUAUUUUCAUGUCAUUCUCAAAUCCGUUACUUUAGGAAUUAAUAAGAGGACUAAAUAAAGCUGUGAAAAUGAAGGAAAAGAAAUCGACAAGAGCUGGCAUUCGGAAACCUGUCAUUAGGUUCAUCAUCUUGAUCAUCUCAAUGUUCCUUUAUUUAGGCCUUGGCGCUGUUAUCUUCAAUCGUUUAGAGACUGAUAACAACAUUGCUUCUCAGAGACAACUAUAUAAUUCCCUGAUCGAAUUCAUGGAUGAUCAUCGAUGUGUUUCAAACGAAUCGCUUAAUGACUUCUUUGUCCACGUCGACCAAGCGAUUCAAACUAGCGUUGUGAGUAUAACGAGGCAAUCAAGGAUCAGGGAUCCAAGUGCGUUAUGGGAUAUACCGACAUCGUUCUUCUUCACUUCUACCAUCGUAACCACCGUAGGUUACGGCAACUUCGCUCCUGUGACCGAUGGAGGGCGCAUCUUCUGUUCAUUCUAUGCUUUUAUUGGGAUACCCCUUACUGGAUGGUUUCUUCUAACAGUCGGAGAUGCACUCCAGGUAUACUGGUCUAAGAUACGACAGUACACACAUCGCCUCACUGUCAAAAUACCGUACGAGUUUGCCCGCCGAUGCGGUCACUUUAUCAUCUAUACCAUUCUGAUCCUCACUAUCCUCCUCCUUAUUCCCGGCGCCAUCUUGAUGUUCACUGAAGGCUGGGAUUUCCACGUCGCCGUCUAUUACUGCUUCAUUACGUUUAGCACAAUUGGAUUUGGCGACCUAGUGGCGGGGGAUGUACACCAACACAGUGUAGUCAUAUGGAUUAUGAGUAUUGCCCAUGUGAUAUUUCUAUUGAUGGGACUAAGUAUCAUGUCUAUGGCAUUGAAAGGGAUAGGCAAAUCUCAGAAGACGAGUUUCAAACGAGCAAAGAUGGUGGUUCGAGUCCUCGUUCUGAAAGCGAGUAGAAAUAAAACAAAAGAUCACACACCAACUACCCUACCUGUUGACAUGAAUACAUUAAAUAAAUCCCAAGUUUAAAAUCAUCACUUCGUCCAAUACUUUAAAACUUUUUGAUGCAGUAUACUGGAGACCUUUCUCCGGAUUAGAUUUGAUCAAUAUUUUGUGGAUUGAGACGGCAUCAUGGGUCAGCAGAUGUUCACUCAGUUGAGUUUUAAUCUUUAAAAAGAGAAAAAUGUGGAGGUUCGAAUCCUGAACAAUGCGUUCUGUCCUAGAUAAGAUAUUUUAUAUGUAGACAUCGCUUGCUACCCAUGAUUGCGAACGAGAUGCAGAAAGGGAUGCAUCAAAUGAUUUAUAUACUGACGGUUGCUAAAA